GGGAGGAAGACUGGAGGGAGGUCAAGCAAUUGCUUCGCGAUAUGCUUUUCCGUCUGAGGCGGAUGGAAUUGUUGGUUUUUGAAUUAUUAAAGGAGGGCCGCCUGGUCGAGGCAUUGCGAACGCUUCGCGCAAUUUUUGCUUCCGCCCACAGCAUAAAAGGCAUCACCGUCUCCGCCAUUCAAGCAAUUGUGGACGCCACGAAUCUCCGCCUUGCCGAUCUCUCUCGGCCUUUUUCGAGAGUAAAGCCUGACUUCUCAUGCCCUCGUUCCGUUUUCCCUUCCGCCGCAGCUUCUCACCGUGCCGCAGUCUGCUAUUUUCUUCAUGAAUGGCUUCGCUCGCUAAGCCCGGAUCUCUUUCCCUCCUUCCCGCAAUCCGAAUCCUCGUACCGGGAGCAAAUACGAGCUGCAGGGGGCGAGGAGGAGGAGGGAAACAUAGGGGACGAGGAGAACGUCGUCAGCCGCCAUCACGAACAAUUCACGGAAACGAUCCCAGUCUUUCCGUUCGAGGCGGAUUAUUUCUCAUCGCCUUCCGUAGCCGCUACACUCGCCCAACAAAUAUAUGGUUAUUCUGGGGUCGGGCACAGAGAGAAGAAAUAAAGAAUUGUGUAAAAAAUUCGGAAGUUUCCGAGUGGUGAAAAGAA